GCCUUUCCGGCGGUCGCCCAGGCACUCCGAGCCGGAAGUCCCUCCCGUUGUGCCGUAGUGCGGGGGGGGGGCGCCGCUGUUGUUGUUGCCGCCGCUGACCCCGCCCGCUCGCCCGCCCGAGCCGAGCCCCGCCGGCCGCCAUGAAGUGGAUGUUCAAGGAGGAUCACGCGCUCGAGCACCGCUGCGUGGAGUCCGCCAAGAUCCGCGCCAAGUACCCGGACCGCGUCCCGGUGAUCGUGGAGAAGGUCUCCGGCUCCCAGAUCGUGGACAUCGACAAGAGGAAGUACCUGGUUCCCUCCGACAUCACUGUGGCCCAGUUCAUGUGGAUCAUCCGGAAGAGGAUCCAGCUGCCCUCCGAGAAGGCCAUCUUCCUCUUCGUAGACAAGACCGUCCCCCAGUCCAGCCUGACUAUGGGGCAGCUGUACGAAAAGGAGAAGGAUGAGGAUGGCUUCUUGUAUGUAGCCUACAGUGGCGAGAACACGUUUGGGGUCUGACGGAAGCUUCUGUCCACCACAUCAUGUAAAUAGCCUCUUGUUUGUGAUUGUGACCCUGAGGCAUACCCCUGCAUCUGUCACUGCAUUGACUUAAUAUAUGGAUAGAUUUUGGUUUAUUA